AGCGGCGGCAGCUGGGCGAGUGACAGCCCCAGCUCCGCGCGCCGCGGCGGCCAGAGCCGGCGCAGGGGAAGCGCCUGCGGCCCCGGGCGGCAGCGGCGGCCGCCUCCUCGCGCGCUUCCCGGGCCCGCACCCCGCGGUCCCGCGGCCCCGGGGCGGACACCUUUCGGCUCCCGCUCCCCGCGCGCAAGAUGGCUGACCCGGCUGCGGGGCCGCCGCCGAGCGAGGGCGAGGAGAGCACCGUGCGCUUCGCCCGCAAAGGCGCCCUCCGGCAGAAGAACGUGCACGAGGUGAAGAACCACAAAUUCACCGCCCGCUUCUUCAAGCAGCCCACCUUCUGCAGCCACUGCACCGACUUCAUCUGGGGCUUCGGGAAGCAGGGAUUCCAGUGCCAAGUCUGCUGUUUUGUCGUGCACAAGCGGUGCCAUGAAUUCGUCACCUUCUCCUGCCCAGGUGCCGACAAAGGCCCAGCCUCUGAUGACCCCCGGAGCAAACACAAGUUUAAGAUCCACACGUACUCCAGCCCCACGUUUUGUGACCACUGUGGGUCACUGCUGUACGGACUCAUCCACCAGGGGAUGAAAUGUGACACCUGCAUGAUGAACGUGCACAAACGCUGCGUGAUGAACGUCCCCAGCCUGUGCGGCACAGACCACACGGAGCGCCGCGGCCGCAUCUACAUCCAGGCCCACAUCGAGAGGGAAGUCCUCAUCGUCGUCGUAAGAGAUGCUAAAAACCUUGUACCUAUGGACCCCAAUGGCUUGUCAGACCCUUACGUGAAACUGAAACUGAUUCCCGACCCCAAGAGCGAGAGCAAGCAGAAGACCAAAACCAUCAAAUGCUCCCUCAACCCCGAGUGGAACGAGACAUUCAGAUUCCAACUGAAAGAAUCGGACAAAGACAGAAGACUGUCCGUGGAGAUUUGGGACUGGGAUCUGACCAGCAGGAAUGACUUCAUGGGAUCUUUGUCUUUUGGAAUUUCUGAACUGCAGAAAGCUGGUGUUGAUGGCUGGUUCAAGUUGCUGAGCCAGGAGGAAGGCGAGUACUUCAACGUGCCUGUGCCGCCAGAAGGAAGCGAGGGCAAUGAAGAGCUGAGGCAGAAAUUCGAGAGAGCCAAGAUCAGUCAGGGGACCAAGGCUCCGGAAGAAAAGACGACCAACACCAUAUCCAAACUUGACAACAACGGGAACAGAGACCGAAUGAAACUGACUGAUUUUAACUUCCUGAUGGUGCUCGGGAAAGGAAGCUUUGGCAAGGUCAUGCUCUCCGAGCGGAAAGGCACGGACGAGCUCUACGCCGUGAAGAUCCUGAAGAAGGACGUGGUGAUCCAGGACGACGACGUGGAGUGCACGAUGGUGGAGAAGCGGGUGCUGGCCCUGCCCGGGAAGCCGCCCUUCCUGACCCAGCUGCAUUCCUGCUUCCAGACCAUGGACCGCCUGUACUUCGUGAUGGAGUAUGUGAACGGAGGUGACCUCAUGUACCACAUCCAGCAAGUUGGCCGGUUUAAGGAGCCUCAUGCUGUAUUUUACGCUGCAGAAAUUGCCAUCGGUCUGUUCUUCUUGCAGAGCAAGGGCAUCAUUUACCGUGACCUCAAACUUGACAAUGUGAUGCUGGAUUCAGAGGGCCACAUCAAGAUUGCUGAUUUUGGCAUGUGUAAGGAAAACAUCUGGGACGGGGUGACCACCAAGACAUUCUGUGGAACUCCAGACUACAUUGCCCCUGAGAUCAUUGCCUACCAGCCCUACGGGAAGUCUGUGGAUUGGUGGGCCUUCGGAGUCCUGCUGUAUGAAAUGUUGGCUGGGCAGGCACCCUUCGAAGGCGAGGACGAGGAUGAGCUCUUCCAGUCCAUCAUGGAACACAACGUGGCUUACCCCAAGUCCAUGUCCAAGGAAGCUGUGGCCAUCUGCAAAGGGCUGAUGACCAAACACCCCGGCAAGCGCCUGGGGUGCGGACCCGAGGGUGAACGCGACAUCAAGGAGCACGCGUUUUUCCGGUAUAUUGAUUGGGAGAAACUGGAACGCAAGGAGAUCCAGCCCCCGUACAAGCCGAAAGCCUGUGGGCGAAAUGCUGAAAACUUCGACCGGUUUUUCACCCGUCAUCCACCAGUCCUAACACCUCCCGACCAGGAAGUCAUCAGGAAUAUUGACCAGUCAGAAUUCGAAGGAUUUUCCUUUGUUAACUCUGAAUUUUUAAAACCUGAAGUCAAGAGCUAAGUAGAUGUGUAGACCUCCGUCCUUCAUUUCUGUCAUUCGAGCUCGACGGCUGUUGUGGUGACCUCUUUUCUUUCCAUUGCCACGUCGCAUCCAUGUUUUACUUGCUGAUGAGACUAGAGUGACCAUGUUUCAGAAACCAAAUGUCCUCAGGUAGUUUGGAGCAUCUCUAUGAGAUGCGGUGAUGCGGAUGGCUCGUCGAAAAUGCUGCAUUAAUUAGCACAUUAGCAAAUGACCUCUUCCCAUUGACUCUCCCCAGCAUGGCCUUGCGGCAGAGGUCCCGUGGGGACAGAAAAAUGCCUGCUUUCUCUCCCUUUCUCCCAGCACUCGUGUUUCACACAUUUCCCAACUCCAGGCAUCCAGUCUGGGUUGUUCUUACCAAAUGAGUGGUUCACCGGAUGCUAGCAGCGUUCUCUCCCUCCUGGACCCGGAGCUUGGCUUGCAUCCAAGGGUAUGGCUGCUUUGACGUAGAGGGGAUUCCUCCAUUCUGCCUGGUUUGGAGGCACCAUGAGCUGUGCAGAGCCCAGGCCAAAAAUAAAAUCGUAUUUGUUAUUUUUUUAGACUCAAAGUUAAGGAGAUGAUCUCAACCCUUUUAAAAUGCCAAGAGGGUGCUUGGAGACCAUCUCAAUCUAAAAGGACCUCAAGGGGUCAGUCAAAAGGCAACCGGCUUGGGCCCCCCCCUCCAUUCUGUAAUGUCUGAUACUCUCUGUCCCUGAUCAUGAUCACCUUCAUCCUCAAACUCCUGGAAAAGGGCAUUUGGCAUCACCCCCCUGAAAAGACAUGGUCACUCUAGCCAGGUCCCAGAGGACCAUGGUUUUACAUUACAUUUCAAAUUUUAUUUGCUUUGGGGUUUUAUUUCUGUUAUUGUUCAAACGCAAAAAGAAAAAAAAAAACUCACUUUGUUACACAUGCUUUGAAAUCUGUGUCCAAAUGUUAUUGACCACAAUGACCUGUUUGAUUUGUCAAGAAGGCGGCUCUGGACCUAGCGGACCCCCAUGCCCGCAAGGAUGGGAUUUGUCUAGGUUUGUUGCUGGCUUUGGAAAGCUAAUUAAGCGCUCUGAGAAAGAUACCAUUUCUUGAAACAUAGACAGUUGUACUCUUCACUUUGAUGAUGUUUUGCAAGAUGUUUGUGGAAAUGUCCAUUUGUAUCUGGAUACCUGUUAUGUGCCAUUUUUUUUCUAGCAUCGAGAUCCAAUAAAAAAAAAAAAAAGAAAAGAAAGAAGAAAUGCUAUUUCAAGAAAACAAAACAAAAAAAAACAAAACACGGCUCUCUUUGAAAAAUGUGGACCCAAACUGCCAAGCGGGGCUCCUGAGUCUACGAGACAGAAAGGAACUAAACCCAGAGCUUAACCUCAGCCCCUGGUUCUGCCAGUCUGAGAGGCUGGGGGCCGUUCAGGGACUCCGGGCAGCCUGUAAUAGGAUGGGGUGAGCUGGCCGGGGCUUCCAACGAUACCAGAGGUCAAAGCCAGAGUCAAGUUUGGGAGCCAGCUAGGAGCCUGGCUGGGGCUCUUGAUUUUCUUAUCAAAAUCACCACUCCUCCCAGCUUGGACUCAAUAUUCUUACUUGCAAGCAGCUUUGUGAGCCCCCAGAAGCCAAGGAAACCCCUUGGGCAGGAGAAAUCCCCUUUGCCUGCUGCCUCCUUCUAUUCCUAGGCAACCUUCCAGAGAAUUCUUAUCACAAGUCGAGUGAUUUCCAGAAGCACCAGAGCUUCUAAGAGACCACCAGGAGAACUCUACCAGCUUGACUAAUGUCCUUGAAGGAGCGCUUCUCAUCUUUAAGAAGCCUGUGAUUGGGAUUUCCACAUAGGCAGAGGCCCCUGGCUCACUCCUGUUGGCCCUCGGCUUCUCCAUCAUGGUAGCAGUGGAGACCCCCAUAUGGGGCAAACCCCAAGUCCCAGCUGGCAAGCUCAGGAAGUUAGAGAAGGAGGGAAAUCGGGGCAGAGGCCUCCUUUCCCCGUUUUAUUGCUGGGGACACCGGCAUCUGGAAAGAGGCAGUGACUUGCCCAAGGUCAGCCAGCUGGGGCGCAAACCCAGGUUACCUGACUCAGGGAAGGACUGUUUCUGCUCUAGAGCUGGCAUCUCUGAGCCAUGCCCACCAGUAAGCGAAUUAUUUGAGGUCCUUCGUCUGGCUGUUGGGUCACCAGGUCUCCUCUUGGACCUGUUCUCAGGAAGAUAAAAAGCAUGGAGAAGCAUUGGGCCAUUGACAGAUUCUUUGAGACAACAUUAGAGAACACUGUAAGGUAGCUAGCUAGCUAGUUAGACAUAGAUAAAUAGAUAGGAAGAAUAUAUUGUAUAUACACACCGCAUAUUUGCCAAAUUUCUGUCAUUAUUUUUUCAGAAGUUGAAUCAUUUGCAGAAGAGGUACUCAAGCCAAAGUCUCUAUUUCCUUAACACACCUUGCUGAGAGUUGGCCAGUGAAGGCUUGUGUGCAAAGGAGGGACCCUUGGCCAGAGUUCCCCCACCGUUUCCUUUUCCAUCACCAUUUUAAAUCCAAAGGAGACCAAGAAACCGAGCUCUGAGAAUAGAUCAUCUCCGGGCCAUACUUUACAAGUUUAUCCAGGAAGAAGAUUUUCCACUUCUCUGUGCAGUCAUGCCCAGGUUCCACCUCCCGUUUGUUCAUCCAGGAAGCAUUCAUUCAAUACCGACUAUGUGCCAGCCUCUCUGUUGGGUGCCAGAGCUCAGUGGGGAACCCCAACGAUGCAAUCUGGGGCAGCAGCCAUUAACUAAGUAAUUAAAAGCAUGAUGUGACCUGGAGAUAAGCAGUCUCUGAGUUAGUCAGGGGAGGCUUCUUAGAAGAAAAAAAAAAGUCCUCAGAGGUCUUCAUGGUGCCUCUUUUUCUCUGUAGACCCCACAGACCACAGUUUGAGACUGAAGGAGGAAAUGUAGCAGUGCCCCCCUUGGCCCAGAUUUCUGGGACAAUCCUAGAGUGUAAGGGGUGGGGUAGGACAGGAGUUAGGUGGUAGGUGGGGUGGGUUUCCUUCUAGAAGGCCAAAGGCACAGUCCCCAUGCUCGGACAGACCAUAGAAUCACCAAGAUUCGAGCAGAGAUGGAUAGUCAGAGAGAGAGAGGGAAUUGGUUUUGCAGCUCAGUUCUGAGUCCUGCAUUUUUCUUAGAGUUUUCUCACCUGGAUUCCUGCAGGCAUUACCCUUUCCAGCCCUCAGGGAGAAGCUGUUCUGCCGGCACACUGCCCACAGCUUGACACAGCCUGGUUCUUCCAGAGGAGACAAGCUGAGAUUUUCCGAAAGAACUUAAAUUAGGGAAGGAAUUUAAAUAAAGAAAUUAAAUAAGGGAACCCAAAGAAACCUAAGCACAGUCCAUGUUAGCCAUGGCUCAUUGUCUGCCCGGAUCCAAGAAUCCCGCUUGGUAUUUCUCAGACUUAUCACUAACCUGUUCCUCUUCUACGAAAGGGUGGGGCCAUGGUCCUAAUGACCUUGGGGAAUCAAGAGGAGGCCGGCAGAAUUAAUAACCCUCCUUGGUUGAGUGAUACUCUGCUCAUGUGGCUUCAGAUACUAGCCACCCCAAAAAAGAAUGGUCCCAACAGAGAGGCCUAUCCUCUCCCCCCUUCUAGAGGUACAAUUCAGGGGUAUUUCCUAAGGGAGCUGCCGGAUGAAAUCCAGAAUGGCAGGUUUUAUUUGGACCGUGUGACUGUUUGAGGCACAAUGGAUGGGGAAGCGCUGUGAGAGCUAGGGCUGGUGGUAAGGGAACCUCCCCAGAUGCCCAAAGGCAGGGAAGGCCAGACGAGGUCAAGGUUCCCAGGGGGAGAUCUGAAAGGAGGCAACUGCCUGCCUUCUGGCCCCAAAUCUACCUGGGGCUCACACACAGCCUCGCAGCUCUCAGACCUUGAAGGGGCCUAACAUUUCGGUCCCUACUGGGGCUCAAAGUAGACAGAAGCCGAUGUGAGAGAGCCAGAGAGUCAAACAGGAACAAUUUCACUGCUUUGCUAGAGAGUGGUGGGGUCUCCAGCCCCAGGACAAGUGUAUGUUGGAAGAAAAAGCAAGAGGCUGUGAGGCUUAUCCUUAGUCGAUCUCCAUUCAUUGAGUCAUUCAGCAAAUAGUCACGGGCAGCCCGCUGUGUGCCAAGCAUUAUUCCAAGCCCAGGAAAUACAAUAGUGAAGAAACAGGUACGGACCCUCCCUGCCUGGAGAGAGGCAAUAAAUAAGACAAUGUCUGAUAGUACGUAGGCGCCACGAAGACAAUGAAAAGGAUGCUAACGUAUGACUUGUAGGGUCCAGGGAGGGAUGCACGGGCAAUAUUAAAGGAAGGGGUGAUGUUUGAGCUUUUCUCUGAGUACAGGAGACAACGCAGGCUUUGCCUGGGACAGCACAGGACAGGCUGACAGUGGGCAGAAGAUAAAGCAGAAUGAACGGGCAUGAGAGGGCCCACCACCUAGAAAACAGCUCCAUCUGCAUCUUGAGCCCACUGCAGUCUGGCAACACUAAUCCCCACCCCCACCCCGCCCCGGACUCCCACACCCCAGCACAUGCAACACAAUUAAGUGGCAACUCCAUAGAGACAUUUUACCUAUCUCGAGGGAGCAGCCUGAACGACGGAAUUCUUGUGGGAGGUACUGGCAAAGGGGAAUGAGCCCAGCGAUGAGAAACCCUACCAGUCAGCACCCAGUAGGAGCUAAACCUAAGGCAUGAAUGGCAAUUGGCUGGACUCCAGCAAAUCAGUCCGGACUCACCGAGCCUCCCCGCUUUACAAUCUGACCCAGCUCUGGCUUCAGUGAGGCCGAGCCAGGGUUCUCCUCAGCCAUCCUCUACCAAACCAGCCAUCAGACGGUCUCCCCGCACGCACACCCCCAUCAAAGGGGCUGAGGUUAGCCUUAAUUAAGAGCAAUGUGGUCAGGUAGAGAUCCCUACUGCACUGUGCAGCCUUGGGCAAGUCACUGUAUCUUCCUGCACCCGUCUUCUCCUAUGUCAAACCGUGUGGGGGGUUGGGGGAGGAGACAGUGAGGACCCCAUCUCCUCCUGCCCUCAGCUGGGUGGUGAGGAUGGGAAGGAACGAGAGUCUGCAGGACCCUGAGCAGGUGAGAACAUCAUACAGACGUGAGGUGUUUCUAUGAGCCCACACUCUGCCAUUCCCUGGAAACGGUUGCCCCAAACUGUAGUUAGCAGCCUGGGACUCCCAACCCGACACAGAAAUGUCAGGCUAACCAGGAAAAUCGAAUUUUUGUUGUAAGGCUGCCCCUAGAGACCUCACUUUAAGCUUUGGGUUUGGUUUCUUAGAGCUUGUUGACUAGAUGCAUGCUACACUGUAACCAUCCUUGGAGACCGCCUGUGGCUGAUGAAGACCCAAAUUCUAGUCUGUGGGUGGAUUUCUGAACAUCCCUUCAGAGCCUAGUUGGCACCAGGGAAUGUGGGACGGACAGGGAUCCGUUCCUUUCGUCAGGCAACGAUCUGAUGCCCCCCCAUGCCACUCCGUCCACCUCCUCGGCACCUUGAGUGGCUGUGCCCCUGCUCUUCUUUUUAAAGAAAAGGCACCUCCUUGCCACAGGGGUCACUGUGGGAUGCUUUCCUCCGGGAUGCUCUACCCCGUGACUAAUUCUAUGACAUUUUCCACUGGGAAGAAGUAGUUUCCAGCUCAGUUCAUCUCAAAGCCAAAGAAAACAGAAACACGCCUCCCCCCCGCCCCAAUGCCCAGUCCACGUUAUGACAAUCCUUCAAGAAAUUCAAUGUUUCGUUUCCUUUCUUAGGCAACCGCCACCAAGUGUUCUCUCCCGAAGCCAACAGUCAACGUGAGGUGUGAAAGGCAGGGGAUGGUAGGCACACGGCACCUGCCCAACAGCUCCGCCCGGGGCGCGUUCUGCCUCGGCCCGUCAGGUGCCAUCGGCUUCCUGCUAACUGGCAGGUGUGGGUCGCGCUUCCUUCUUCCGCUGUGUUAAUGUGUUUGCUUUCCAUUUGGCAGAGAGACAAGCGAGACACCUCCAACUUCGACAAAGAGUUCACCAGACAGCCUGUGGAACUCACGCCUACUGAUAAACUCUUCAUCAUGAACUUGGACCAAAAUGAAUUUGCUGGCUUCUCCUAUACUAACCCAGAGUUUGUCAUUAAUGUGUAGGCGAAGGCGACUCCGUUGUCCACCCUGGAGUUGUGUUAGACUUCAGGCCAAGUGUAUGUAUCGAUUCUAGUCUUCCAGGAUCCCUGGCGCGUCCGCAGCCUGGCAGUCAGCGCGUGGAGGGCUUGUCCUCGAGGGCUUUUCUUUGUAUGUGUAGCUUGCUAGUUUGUUUUCUACAUUUGAAAAUGUUUAGUUUAGAGUAAGCGCUUUCUCCAAUUAGAAGGAACAAUUUUCCAAACUUCCAGAAACUCGUCAAAAGGAACAGACGACGUCAAACCUACCGUGUCUGAUACCAAAAUGCUUCAGUAUUUGUAAUUUUUAAAGUCAGAAGCUGAUGUUCCUGGUAAAUGUUUUUACGGUUAUCCUACCAUAUCUUCUUUGAAUGCUAAGCAUGACUGGUAUUUUUAAAAAUUGUGAGUAAGCUUUGCAGUUACUGUGAACUAUUGUCUCUUGGAGGAAAUUUUUUGUUUAAGAAUUGAUAUGAUUAAACUGAGUUAAUAUAUGCAAA